ACCAAAUAGAUCCUUCGUCGAAUCAUCCCAGCCACCCAGAAACUGAAGCUCUUCUCGCUGCAAACCUCCGACAUUCGCAAGCCAAUCUCCCGGUCAGAUUGCGCUGUUCGCUCCUUUCCUCUGGCCCAUCUCCGUUGAGGACCACCAGAAGUAACAGCCACGAUCAUCACACGUGGGCUGCAUCUCCACCGUGAAAAGCUGGCCCGAGUCGGUAACUCGGGCCGUAAGCAUCGUAUAAUCUCGACGUAAAACCGAUCCGUCUUUUUCAUCGUUUUCUCCCCUCUUUUUUCUCUCAGCGGCGAAGCUCUCAUCUCCGAGAAAAAAGGAAAAAGAGAAAGAAGGUAUGAGUAGCUUGGUUGAGAGACUGCGGAAUAGGCCAGAUAGGAAGCUGUAUCAUGAAGAUGAAUCAGAUGAUGAGCUAUUUCUUGUGGAUGGAGGAAGAUUUCCGGAGACAAAGCCUGAAAAGAUAACAAGGCCAGAUGCGAAAGAUGGCGCAUGCCAGUCGUGUGGAGAAAGUGGGGAUCUUCUUUGCUGUGAGACAUGCAAUUAUUCGUACCACUCCAAGUGUCUACUUCCACCAUUGAAAGUUGCUUCUCGUGGCAUUUGGAGCUGCCCUGAGUGUGUGAGCCCGUUGAGUGAUAUUGACAAGAUUCUGGACUGUGAAAUGAGACCUACUGGAGCCGAUGAGAGUGAGGCCUCAAAGCUGGGUUCAAAACAAAAGUUUGUUAAACAGUAUCUUGUGAAGUGGAAGGGAUUGUCCUAUUUGCACUGCACAUGGGUGCCAGAGAAGGAAUUUCUAAAAGCUUUCAAGACACAUCCACGUCUAAGGACUAAAGUAAACAACUUCCAUCGUCAAAUGGACUCAAUGAAUAACUCUGAAGAUGACUGGGUUGCAAUUCGACCCGAAUGGACAACUGUUGAUCGAAUUCUUGCUACCAGGAGGACUGAGGAUGAGCGCGAGUAUCUCGUAAAAUGGAAGGAGCUUCCUUAUGACGAAUGUUACUGGGAGGUUGAGUCGGACAUUUCUGCCUUUCAGCCUCAAAUUGAAAGAUUUAAUAAAAUUCAAUCCAAGGCUCACAAAUCUAUUACUAAGAACAAGAUCUCUUUUCGUGAUCCAAAGGAACUGAAAUUUAAGCAAAAAGAAUUUCAACAGUUUGAGCAUAGCCCAGGAUUUCUUUCUGGAGGAUCAUUACACCCCUAUCAACUCGAAGGGUUGAAUUUUUUACGUUUUGCGUGGUCGAAGAACACCCAUGUGAUCCUUGCAGAUGAGAUGGGGCUGGGGAAAACUAUACAGAGUAUUGCUUUCGUUGCAUCGCUUUUUGAAGACAACAUCACUCCUCAUUUAGUUGUGGCUCCUCUUUCAACAUUGCGCAACUGGGAACGUGAAUUUGCAACUUGGGCUCCUCAAAUGAAUGUUGUCUUAUAUGUUGGAACAGCACAAGCUCGUUCUGUCAUCAAGGAAUAUGAAUUCUUCUUACCUGUUAACAAAUUAAAGAAGCACAAGAAAAAGAAGGGCCUCUCACAUGUUAAAGAAAGCAAGCAAAAGAGAAUUAAGUUUGAUGUCCUCCUGACAUCAUAUGAAAUGAUUAACAUGGAUACAGCGUCCUUGAAAUCUAUAAGGUGGCAGUCCAUGAUUGUUGAUGAGGGUCAUCGCCUGAAGAACAAAGAUUCCAAACUAUUUUUGUCAUUGAAGGAUUAUGCCACUAGACAUCGCGUGCUUUUAACUGGAACCCCUCUUCAGAACAACUUGGAUGAGCUAUUUAUGCUUAUGCACUUUCUUGAUGCUGGAAAGUUUUCAAGUUUAGAGGAGUUUCAGGAGGAAUUCAAGGAUAUCAAUCAAGAGGAACAGAUUUUAAGGCUCCAUAAAAUGCUGGCUCCCCAUCUUCUUCGAAGAGUUAAGAAGGAUGUCAUGAAGGAUCUUCCGCCCAAGAAGGAACUUAUUUUACGUGUUGAACUUAGCAGCUUGCAGAAAGAAUACUACAAGGCCAUUUUGACUCGCAACUACCAGUUACUAGCUCGCCGUGGCGGUGCCCAGAUUUCACUUAUCAAUGUGGUUAUGGAACUACGCAAGCUCUGUUGUCAUGCAUACAUGUUAGAAGGUGUGGAGCCGGAGAUAGAGGAUCAUAAUGAAGCUUUCAAACAUCUUCUUGAUUCUUCUGGAAAAUUGCACUUGUUGGACAAAAUGAUGGUGAGGCUGAGGGAGCAAGGUCAUAGAGUUUUAAUAUAUACACAAUUUCAGCACAUGUUGGACCUACUGGAAGAUUACCUAAGUUACAAGAAAUGGAGUUACGAGCGGAUCGAUGGCAAGGUUAGUGGAGUUGAGAGGCAAAUUCGCAUUGAUCGGUUCAAUGCCAAGAAUUCCACCAGAUUUUGUUUUCUACUUUCUACCAGAGCUGGAGGCUUAGGCAUAAACCUUGCAACUGCAGAUACGGUUAUCAUAUAUGACAGUGAUUGGAAUCCCCAUGCUGAUUUACAAGCAAUGGCUAGGGCCCACCGACUUGGGCAGACUAACAAGGUGAUGAUUUUUAGGCUCAUAACUCGAGGAACCAUUGAAGAAAGGAUGAUGCAGCUGACUAAGAAGAAAAUGAUUUUAGAACAUCUAGUUGUAGGGCGGCUGAAGAAUGAAAUGCUUAAGCAGGAAGAGUUGGAUGACAUCAUAAGAUACGGAUCCAAGGAGCUCUUUGCCGAUGAGGGUGAUGAAGCUGGAAAGGCCCGCCAAAUUCACUAUGAUGAUGCUGCAAUUGAUAGAUUACUUGAUCGCGAUCAGAUCGAAAAUGAAGAAGCUUCCGUAGACGAGGAGGAGGACGAUAGUUUCUUAAAGGCUUUUAAGGUAGCAAAUUUUGAAUAUAUAGAUGAAGUCACAGCAGAGGAAGCAAGGAAAUCCAAAGAAAAUAAACCUAAUGCUGCUAAUUCAGACAGAGCAAAUUACUGGGAUGAUUUGCUGAAGGACAGAUAUGAAGUGAAUCAAGUUGAAGAAUUAUCUUCCUUGGGCAAGCGAAAGAGAAGUCAAAAACACAUUGCGUCUGCCGAGGACGAUGACCUAGCUGGUUUGGAAGAUGUGAGUUCAGAUGAUGAAGAAGAUGGCAAUGAAGCUGAUUGGUUUGACACUGAGAAGAAGGCCCACGCUUCAAAGAAGAAAUCUCGCGGCGAAGCAAAUCCUCUGAUGGAAGGUGAAGGGAAGUCAUUUAAAGUUCUUGGAUUUAAUCAAAAUCAAAGGGCUGCAUUUGUCCAAAUAUUGAUGAGGUAUGGAUUGGGGGAUUUUGACUGGAGUGAGUUUGUUCCUCGAAUGAAGCAAAAAUCCUUGGAGGAAAUUAAGGAAUAUGGAAUUCUUUUUUUGUCUCAUAUUGCUGAAGACAUAACAAACUCACCAUCUUUUUCAGAUGGUGUGCCAAAAGAAGGACUAAGGAUCCAAGAUGUACUUGUUAGGGUUGCGAUUUUGCAUUUGAUGAGAGACAAGGUGAAGUUUCUGUCUGCAAAGCCAGGAACUACCCCUUUUGCGGAAGAUAUUUUAUCACGUUUUCCGGGGUUGAGGAGUGGGAGACAUUGGAAGGAAGCGCAUGAUAUAUCAUUAUUAAAUGCCGUAUUGAAGCAUGGCUAUGGAAGAUGGCAAGCUAUUGUCGAAGAUAAGGAUCUUGGGUUCCAGGAUAUCAUUCGUCAAGAACAGAAACUUAACCUCCCCACUUUAAAUGGUUCCGUUACUGGUGGUUCUCAAAUGCCUGAUGGAAAUGAUUCUGGUUCUGUUCCAGAUGCUGCUGCACAGGGAGCCACAGAUACAGCGAAAGGAAACCAGUUGUAUCAAGAUGCUUCUAUGUUGUAUCAUAUGAGAGAAGUGCAGAGAAGGAUAGUUGAAUAUAUUAAAAAAAGGGUACUCCUCUUGGAGAAAGCGAUCAACGCAGAAUACCAGAAAGAAGUUUAUAGUCACUUGAAAGCAAGUGAACCUGCACGUAAAGAACCAGCGUCGGAGCCAAAGGUCCUUGAUGUACCAAGUCCCAAUUCAGAGGCUGACUUCCAAAUGUAUGAUCCGUUACCUCCUCUGGAAGCAAUUGCUCCAGAAGAAGUAUCGGCAGCUGCCUGCGAUAACAAACCAGAUAGGCUGGAUAUAGCCCGGCUUUAUAAUGAGAUGUGCAAAUUAAUAGAUGGUAACAUCCAAGACUCCGUGAAGGCAUAUGUAGGCAGCAAGUCGGCAGGUUCCCGGUUGAGAAAGAACCUCCGUCCCCUCGAAAGUAUCUAUGGAGAUAUACACAAAAUUCUCGCUGUGCAACAGCAGACGUUCUCCACUGUCGAAGAAUUAAACACGAAUGCAAGCCAAUCCGUACCACCUGAAGUGUCAAGUGAUGCUGCAGGAGCCAGUGUGCCAUCGAGCUACAGGGGUGGAGGUGAUCCAAAACCUGGGGUGGACGCAGAUUCUGCACCCAAGGAUCCAAAAACCGUAUCAGAUAUGCGGGAUGCAGAAACCCCGCCUGCUCCAUCCAUACAAUCCGAUAAGGAAAACAGUAAAGAGCCACGUCAGGUUCAAGGAGAAUCUGCUUGUUCACCAAAGGGAUCUGCAGAUGUGGAAAUGAUGGAUGUUGAGCAACCAGCUGAUGUGGAAAUGACAGAGGCUGCAGUGGGCGAUGCUGAAGUGGUACAAAAUCCGGCUGAUGUCAUUGUUUUGGAUGAUUGACCACUAAUAAGAGGACGACUAUCUACCGAUACUCCGUUGGGCGAGUCACUGAUUUUUUUUUUUUAAAUUCCUUUUUUCCUUCUUUCUUUAUAUAAGUAUUCAGUGUAUGCUUAAAUUCAGUUAGGAUCAGUGUUAUCUGAAAUGCUGUAAUUGAAAUGAAUGCUCUGCUUUGAUUUGUGGAGCAGUUCAUGCUUAUUAUAAGGAGUUAGUGGUCAAUAGAUUUAUGUU